UUAAUUUUGUUAGCGAAGUCGGCCGUGUAGUUGUCUUCUCGUUCGGCCGCUCUCAUUCGCCAUCGAUUUGGUCUCCAACUCGCGGCCCAAAAUCCCGAGCCUCCCCGCUUUCCCUUACAAUCUCGCUUCUCGGAAGCGCAACGGCAGCCAGGCGGCGGAUGACUACCAUGCUGCGAGAGUUGCGGCUGUCGCUGAACCAAACCCAGCGGGUGCGCCUUCAAUCCGCUCUCCAGCGGCUCCAGGACAUGGCUUCCCUCGCCUCCGCCGUUACCGUCGUCGCCGACACCAUCCCCGUCAACCACGAAGACAGCAUCCUUAAGGGCCAUGGGACGUCCGAUCUCAACGGCGAAGUAGUGGCCACUCUCUGUGGUGUGGUUGAGCGAGUAAACAAACUGGUGUAUGUCCGUGCUCAGAGAGCCAGGUACAAACCAGAGGUUGGAGAUAUAAUCGUCGGCCGAGUCAUUGAGAUUGCUCCAAAACGCUGGAGAUUAGAGAUAAAUUUUAGUCAAGAUGCAGUAUUGAUGCUUUCGUCAAUGAAUCUUCCAGAUGGUAUUCAGAGGCGGAGAACUGCAGUUGAUGAACUCAAUAUGCGCAGUAUCUUUGAAGAAAAUGAUGUAAUUUGCGCUGAAGUUCGUGGCUUUCAGCAUGAUGGGAGCCUGCACCUACAAGCAAGAAGUCAGAAAUAUGGAAAACUUGAGAGGGGUAUGCUGCUUACUGUCCCAGCAUAUUUGGUGAAGCGUCGGAAGCAGCAUUUUCACCAUCUAGAAAACUAUGGUGUUGACUUGAUUCUUGGAUGUAAUGGAUUCAUCUGGGUCGGAGAACAUGUAAAUUCAAAUGGAGAAAAUGAUAUGAUGGUAGACCAAGAGAACAGAGAAGGUCUAGUUAACAAAUCCGAGGUGGGACAAGCAACAUAUGAAGUGCAAGAGCAAAUCACACCACUUGAAAUCAGGAAGCAUGUAUGUCGGGUUGCUAAUUCCGUGCGUUUGCUCUGUGCCUUGGGCUUCAGUCUCACUGUUGAAGUGAUUGUUGACACAGUUGAAGCAAGUAUCUCAUCAAAUACAGAUAUAAAAGACAUACUUGCAGCUGAAUUUUAUGUUCAGACUGCAGAGAGGGAGGUCCAGCGCAGAGUUUCCCUGACUAGAAGGAAGGGUUAAUCCUAGGGUAAAUCAAACAUGUAGGUCGGCCGUUCAGAAUGUCUUGGCUUCGGUGUUUCUGUAUCCAAAGUAGUUUUAGUGCGUGAAGGGCUUGUGAAGCUAUUCCAGAACUAGGCCGUUCUUGGACAUCAAACCGCAACUUCUGUGUUUAAUUGAGAUUGAUGACAUGCCUAUCAGAAAAGCCAUGAACCGAGUUGUUAAAUCCAUGAAGUUUGACACCUUUCAACUGGUUUCAAUCAUGUUGAUAUGUUCUGCAUCAGAUAAAUCAGCUGGUGGUUGGAACCCAAAAAGUGUGGUAAUUGAUGCCUUUACAAUGUGUUUAUGCUAAUGUUUCCAGAUCAGGAUCAGUUAUCUCUAAUGUCUGUCAAGUUAUGACCGA